AUGAGCUCGGAAUCGCCGUUCGGCGGUAAACCGGUCCUGUUCGCGGGCGACUUCAGGCAGAUACUGCCCGUAGUCCGCAGGGGAAACAGGAGUGCCGUCGUCAUGUCGUCGAUCAAACACAACUCCCUGUGGCAAAACUCGGAGAAGUUUGAACUGACGCGAAACAUGGGCGCCGGCAACGACGCGGUCUUCGCGGAUUGGUUGCUCCGGCUCGGCAGCGGCCAACUGCCGACGGUCGACGGUGUCCCGGACACCGUCGAAAUCCCUCGGGAAAUGGUAUGUGACGUUGCUGAUUUAAUUGAUUUUGUUUACCCGCAGCACAUGUCGUUGGCUAACGUCGACGAUUUCGCUCGGAAAAUCAUUCUGUGUCCUAGGAACGAGGAAUGCAGACAAAUCAAUCGCAAGGUGCUCCAACGCAUCGAGGGCGCUGAAAGAACGUACACGGGCGUAGACUCUGUGGUGAUGGACGAUCCCGACGAGGUAGCAACCCCACCGAGUUCCUAA